UUUACGCAGCUGAUAAACAAGUAAUUUAAUCCGAGUAUUUCUGCUGGUAAACUAACAACAUAGUAUUUACGAAAACAUAACCUCUAAUCAAGUAAUAUAAAUAUUGGUUUAUAUUGUAGUGAGACUUUAUUUUAUGAUGGCGGUCGACGCUUCAAUGAGAAAACUGAAAAUACCUGCAAAGUUUAUGCCUUACUUGGAAAAACACAGAAUUUACGAGCUUUUUCACGACUUGGGAAACAAGCUCGCCAUGGAACAGCCUCCAGAUCCAAUUCAGUUCCUGAAGGAUAGUCUAGUGCGUCUGCAAGAAGGUAGAGACCAUCGCGUGAUAAUACUGAUGACUCCACCGUACUUUGACAGAACCAGACUAUCGCAGAUCAUAUCCCAGAAGACUGGUUAUGGAAUUGUAUCCAGAUAUCUAGUGAAGGGCUCGGGGAACUUUUACAAUCCAAUAACUUUGGCCGAGUCCACGGCGAAAUUCAUCUCUUCUUCUGAAAGAGAAGGUUGGAUUUUAUCAGACUUCCCUGACACAGUUGAGGAAGCGAAACGAUUGAUUAAGGCCGGUGUGCUGCCAACUCACGCGUUCUUGUUUCUGCAAAACGACCAACACGACGAGGGUGAAAUACACAAAGCAGUGCGUACCGUUGACACUUCUCCUUCGAUUCUUCUUGAGUACGACCACUCAAUUUAUCGUCUAAGAGAAUUAUUCAAGUCUUCUUUAAAAGUCGUGAAGAUAAAAGACAGAACUGUAGAGGAUUUGGCAGACUUGUGUGCGAGAUUGGCAGAAAAAAUGCCCCCUCGCCUCGCUCCGAAAUUGUUCCGCGUGACCUUGUUUGGACCGAGAGGAUCGAGAAGAAGAACGCUGGCAAAGUUGCUCAGCAGAAACUUCAAUUUGGUUCAUGUCGAUAUGAUUCAUCUGAUAAAUUCCGCCAAGAUGAUGGAAAACGAUAUAGGUGACGAGAUUCGCUUUUAUGACAAAAACAACUACACGUAUACGAAAAAACUCAUUUUCCAGUUGGUCAAAGAUAGGCUUGAACAAUACGAUUGCGUGGAGCGUGGUUACGUAUUGACCAACUUUCCAACUUGUGUGGACGAUUUUGUUUUUCUAGACUCUCUAGACGCUCCGCCGAACAGAGUGAUUUUCUUAGACAUCGAUGGCAACGACUGCCUUACCAGACUAGAAGACAGAGUGGUCAAUAUGUACACUGGAAGCCUGCAUUCGAGGAAGGCAAUUGAAGGCGAUUCCUUCCUGAAAUCGCAGAGUUUGCCUCAUCCUGACGAUGAAUCCUGCAAAGUAAGCGAGGAGAUUAAAUUUUACAUGUCCUCCGUUAAUGCAAUGAUAGAUUACUGUGGAGGAACAUGUUCUAUAAUAGAUGCUAGAGGGUCAACGAGAUCCCUUUUGGAGAGGGUGGAGGCCGUUCUUAUGGGUUCCUCGCCGGCGUCCGACCCUCGACCUGCCACAGUACCCCGAGCCUCUCUAAUAGAACGUAAGCCCAGCGUUAAACCACGGAUAUCAUACCCAGUGACGCGCACAGAAGUCUUUCCUCUCAUCGAUUAUGAAGAUCUCAUCCAGAGAUUUAAGCAGCUUAAAGGAAAAUUGAGCAGUCGCAAUCGAGGAUCCGAAGAGACUGAGGAUUCCUCUAACAUUGAGGACGAUUAUUUUUUCUACGAAAAUAACAACAGAUUAACACAGAAAUUUGAGAGUGAAAACCAAGGUGGUGUGGAAGUGAUACAAUUAUAUAAAGGACAUUGGUCCAAAGCAGAGGGGAAAAAGGAGUCGAAAAGUCGCAGUCAAGAAUUCAAUGAGCCUGUAACAUCCUCAGUCGUUAGGGACGAAUAUUAAUCGUUUACAAAUGUCAAUGGAAUCUCAAGGAGAAAACACGACUGGUGUGGCAAUGUACAUUGAAAUUAAAGUUAACAAGUUUAUACCUGAUAACAUUCUAUAGUUUAAAAGGUCCAUACAACAUUUUAAAAAUUUUUGAGUAUAAUUGCCAUUUAGUGUUGCCAAUUAGAUAAAAUCACGUGUGCGUUAAAUUCGAUCAAACAUAAUUUGAAUAAUUCUGAGUUUAAUUAUACAACGAAUGUUAAAAUGUGUAAAAUUUUGAAUAUUAAAUCCGUUUAAAAGAUUA